CAAACAGCGCCCUCCAGAGGAAAGUAAAUUCAGUCAGAGUAAAAUGGAUAGAGACACGGAUUUUCUUGGCAGAUAUCGCUCUAUUUCCAGUAAACUAAAGAAGCGAUUUCUCCGUAAGCCCAAUGUAGCUGAAGCAAGUGAUCAGUUUGGGUCUCUUGCAAAAACACUUGAGAACCAAGAAUGCUCAUCCUAUGCAGCCAUAUCGAGUUUAGCCAAAGCCAGAUGUGAGCAUACCUUAUCCAACAUGCCAGCAGAAGCUCAAGCCCUAAUUGAUGCUACUCAUCAUUUCAUGCAUGCUGAAGAGGUAGACCACGCUCUCAAAUGUCCUGGUUUUGAAGAAAACUUAACAGCUGGGAUUAACUGCUAUAACCAUGCUAUCAGGGUGUAUAUAGAGUUGAAGCAGCCAGCAUUAGCGGCUACUCUUUCUAUACAACUAGCUGAUUCACUAAGGAAAAUGGAGAAGCCUUCUGAAGCUAUGGGCCAUUAUCAACGAGCAGCAGAUUUACAAUAUCAGAGUCCUUUGGAUUGUCUACAUUCAUUAGGUCAAGUUGCAUCUUGUAAGAUUGAAACAGGUGAUUAUGAUGGCGCCCUCGGUGUUCUGACUGAAAUGGAAUAUCUCGCUCAGGAGAGAGGUUCUAGUGGACAAGGAGGUCGUCCAAUCGGAGCAUUCUCAGAUGUCUUGGCUAAUUGUCAAGUCUCAAGAGUCUUGCUUCUUAUGCUGUUACAGCCCACACCACAAAGAAUAAGACCAGAGCAUGCUCAGACAUUGGAACGCUAUGCAUGGGAGUCGACUGAAGAAGUUAGUCCAGUUGUAGAAUGCUUGAGUGAGGAGCUUUUCCUUUUGAUGCAGUCCGUUGUGAUGGCAUGUCAGUCUCGAGAUAUGGAGUCCUUACAAGCAUUACAAGCUGAUCUAUGGAGGCACCUGACAUCAGAACAAAACCAUCUUCUGCAUCUUGUCAUCAAUAAGCUGUCACAUGCUGAUCAGGAGACUACAUUUGAGUAACCAACGGCAACAUUGUUGACAAAAUAAACAAAUCUAGUUUGAUAAGUUUAUCACAACUCCACCAUGAAACCUAUAGGAAGAGGUUGCAGCUUUAGCAAUGAAGUACUGUUUGUCCUUAAAACUCUAUUAACGGGACAGAAAAUUGACGGGUUGGGUUGAAACUGUAUGUAAUAAACACAAUGACCAUUUUAUUCUUAAAGAAAUUCAUAAUUUAUCAUUAUUAUUUAAGUAUAUAAUAAACCCGAAACAAACUCACAACGAGUGAAGUUCUUUACAUUCAGAAUACUGUUGUAUAGCAUCUAUAAGUAUCAAUGAGAUAUGAGAAGUCUAAAUCUUGUCAACACAAAAAGAAAUAUAUGAGGGUUUUUAUUGGAAAUAAAGUUGAUUGGGAAUGACUUAGUUUGAAAUAUACUUUGAUAUGAAUUUUUAUGACAUGCGCACAACUGUUCCUUUCAUAAAGUUGUCCCUUUUUCUUAAACAAAACUUCAGUUGACAUAAAACAAUCAUUAACUACAUUUUAAGCACACAAUGUCAGUUAUUUGUUUGUAUUUGUAAAUUAAAAAGUGAAAUUUGUACAGUUGUAUAUAUACAUGAAUGUAACUUUGUAAAUUUGUCACAAUAGUUUCUCAAAAGAAUGCUUAGGGAACUGUGGUGAAAGAAUGCUUAGGGAACUGUGGUGAAAGAAUGCUUAGGGAACUGUGGUGAAAGAAUGCUUAGGGAACUGUGGUGAAAGAAUGCUUAGGGAACUGUGGUGAAAGAAUGCUUAGGGAACUGUGGUGAAAGAAUGCUUAGGGAACUGUGGUGAAAGAAUGCUUAGGGAACUGUGGUGAAAGAAAAAUUUGAGAAAUAAAUUGUGACGUUAUUCCUGAGCCCAGUAUAAUAGUGCAAUUAUUUGCUUUACGAAUGUAACUUUAUACCCAGUUACAUACAAUGCAUUCGAUUAAAAUGCUUACAGUUUCUGUUGUGUUUAGUAGCUGGAGCUAUGAAGUAGCCCUAAGAUCUAGGAAGUAGACCUAUGAUCUGAGACUUAAAACUAUGCCCAGCUUUCAUAAGUUUUGGGCAUCGAAUGCAUCUCAAACCAAUAAAGUUGAAGUAAUACAAAAUGCCAAGUGGUAUAACAUAAAUGCAUCAUUUCUCCGUUAUCAACCAGAAAUCUGUUCGUCUUACAAAAAUAAUAUUUGUUUUGUUUUUGAAACUUGGAUCAAAUUCACAAGAACAUUGAGAUAAACACAUUAUAUGAAUACCCCAGAUUGCAGAGAAGGGCUUUUAAAACCAAAGAUAUUAAGGUUUUAAGCUCGCUAGCUUUCAUGCUUAACGUUCAUAAUUCAGGUCCCCCCUAACAUCCCUGUUAACUAAACAUUUUCAUUGGGGGGGGGGGGGGGGAGGGGA